AUGACCACAACUACCACAAUGACCAUAAUGACGGGCCGCGGCAGAUUCCUCCUCGUCAUCGCGCUUCUCCUCUCGUCCACGUGUCAAUGCGCCCUCGCCGUGCGACGAGCGCCCAACCCCAAAUCCACGUCACUACAUAUCGUGCGCCUUCGCUCCGCGCUUCCCCUCGCCGCGUAUCGCGGCGGAAUCGCGAGCUUCUCGGGAUGGACGGACGACGGCGACGAUGCUACUGGUCCGUCAGGUCUGCGCGCGACGGCGGCGACGGUAGCGCACGAGGAGGCGACGUUGGCCGGCAGCAUUCCGCGGCGCGCGCGGCUGAGCAUGGAGAACCCGCAGCUCAAGGCGUACGCGCAGAUGCUCGAGACGCAGCAAAUCGGAGUCGCGUCUGACGUGGGCGUGAAGUCAGACCGCAUUGUGUACAACUACAUGCACGCGAGCAACGGGUUCGCAGCGGCCCUCUCCCCGCAGCAGGCUUGGCGGCUGCAGCGGCACCCGGCGGUGGCGGCAGUGACACGCAGCCGCAGAGUGACCCCUCUCACCAUCGACUCCCCCACCUUCCUGGGCAUGCGCGCCCCCGGGUCGCUGUGGCCCGCCAAUGGCGGGCAGGCGAGCGCGGGGAAGGGCAUGGUGAUAGGCGUGGUGGAUACGGGCAUCUGGCCGGAACACCCCUCCUUCAGCGAUAAGGGAUUCUCCUCCUCGAAACCCGCCGGCUGGUCGGGGAAAUGCGACACCACGAGCGAGUUCAAGUGCAAUAAUAAGCUCGUCGGCGCACGGGCGUUUUACAAGGGCUUUAAGGCGGACAAUGGCGGGCCGGACCUGACGACCGAUUGGCUGUCGCCUCGGGAUUCGUACGGCCAUGGCACGUGGUGUGCAGGUGCCGCGGCAGGCAACAAGGAUGUGCCCAUGGCGGGCGGCAAGGCGAGCGGCAUGGCGCCAGCAGCGCGCCUGGCAAUAUACAAGGUCUUCUGGUUCUCCGAUGGCUCCCUCUUCGCUGUAUCCGCCGACAUCGAAGCGGCCGUCAACCAGGCGGUGGCGGACGGUGUGGAUGUGCUCUCGCUCUCACUGGGCGGCAACGAUCCAACGGACACCUACUUCUCCCACAUGCCGUAUCUCGCGGCGAAUCUCGCGGGGGUGUUUGUGUCGUAUGCGGCGGGCAAUGCUGGCCCGUACAACUCCUUCUCGGGCCGCACACUCGACAACUUCUCGCCGUUCUACCUCACCGUGGGGGCCAGCACCAUAGGCCGAGGCGGUCUAACCCUCAAGGCCACCACAAGAGCAACAGCAGCUCUCAGCAACUCAUCCUCAGUCACUCCAGCAGCCACGGCCUACCCAUCCAUCGCCGAAUUCUCCUCCACAGGCCCCCUCACAGAUCCUUCCUUCGACGUCACCGGCGCUCUCCCCACCAACAGCAUCUUAAAGCCCGACAUUGCCGGCCCAGGCGUGGAUCUCUAUGCUGCUUGGCCCGCUGAGAAGGUUGGGAAACCGGGGACUUAUUCCCAGCUGUCGGGGACGUCGAUGGCGACGCCUCACUUGGCGGGCAUUGCUGCUCUCAUCAUGCAGAAGCGCCCCAAGUGGAGCCCCGCGCAGGUCAUGUCCGCCAUUAUGACCACCGCCAAGACCACUGACACUUCUAGUGCUGCUAUCAAGACUGCGUAUGGCGAGGUUGCUACUCCUUGGGACAUGGGCGCUGGUCAGGUGUUUCCAGCCAAGGUGCUGGAUCCUGGGCUCACGUUUGACGCUCGGGCAGCUGCGUAUAGGAAUUUCCUUGCCGGGCAGAGUAUGAAGCGGGCACAGAAGGAAUUUCCGGGUGCCAAUCUGAGCGCGAUUCCUCCCCGGGAGUUGAACCGGCCGAGCAUCUCAAUCUCGCGCUUGAAAGGGAGGCUGACAGCUACCAGGACCGUGGCAAACGUUGCCGACUCGUCGAGCACAUACACAGCUACCAUAAAGCCUCCUAAGGGGGUGGAUGUGACAGUUUCGCCCAACAAGUUCACAAUCGCAAAGAAUGGGAAGAUUACCUUCACGGUGACCUUCAAGGCGACUAAGACUGCCGAGGACUUUCAGUUUGGAAGCCUAAUAUGGGCCGAUGCCCAAGUGUACCAGUAUACGCUGGAAUAG